AUGCCCCCCCUUUCCUCCACUCCUCAGAAAACGCCGUCCGCAUUCCUAAUGCCCCCUAGUCCAAGUGGUCGCCGUGGCAGCGCGGGUUACCGCCCGAGCAUCCGUAAGGCUCAAGGCCAUGUGCCAGCCUGCCUCGUCAAUGCCUCGGUGACGUAUUGCAAUAAUGACCAGAUCUACGCUUUUGGCGGUUUCGAUCAGUAUACUGAUGAAGUAUACAAUCAUGUUCUACGCUUGAAUCUCAAUACGCUUCGAUGGGAGCUAGUCGAUAACUAUGGCGACAUUCCCGGGGUGCGCAUGGGUCACACCGCGACCCUCUAUCAAGGCGAUAAAUUGAUUGUGUUCGGCGGGGAAAAUGAACACCGCGAGUAUCUAUCCGACGUCGUCAUUCUGGACAUCGGCACCUCCACCUGGACUCAGCCGGAAAUCCGUGGACCGAUCCCACGAGGCAGGGCUCGUCAUGCCGCUGUCAUCUACGACGAAAAGCUUUUCAUCAUGGGAGGAAUCACCGGAGAAAACAACAUCAUUCUUGAUGAGUUGGCUUAUCUGGACCUGAAAACCUGGACCUGGUCUCGGACGUGGAGGUUCACAGCCCGGUUCGAUCACAUCGCCUGGGUCUGGGGCGGUCGCCUCUGGAUCUUUGGGGGCCUCGAUCCCGAUAUGGAGCGUACAACCGACAUUUGGUGGCUGGAUCUUAAAGGCAUCCCGUCUAUGACAACUUCGCAAGGUACCGUGGAUUCCCCAGAGACCAUCAACAGGAUGACUUAUAGUCCAGACGCAAUCUUUAGUCCACAGCAGCAGCUCCCAGGCCGGUCCGGUAGCUAUGCAGCGAAUUCUGGGAGUGUCCAAGUGCGCAACUCUAACCGCCGGAAGCCCAUCGCCCCGGGCGCCAUUUCUUGUCUUCGGUUCAAAUCUGGUCCUCACGUUCCGGCAUUGUUUUCUGGCACCCAUUACCAGGCUUACGCAUCUGGAGUGCUCCUGGACCUGAUCACGCCGUCCGAGACUGUGCGCACCUAUGAGUGCAACUUGUCGUCCUUGGAUCUGGACUCAUUGCGCUGGCAGCGGCUUGCUGACGGACAGGAAAUCUUCAAACCCGGUUUUCGAUGGCAUUACUGCACCGUGAACGCCAGCGGGACCAAAGCAUGGUUGCUUGGUUGCAGUCUUGACACUGGUACCACGCCCGGAACCAGUGAUGAGAAUUCCAUGAGUGAAGUGCUGUGCAUUGACCUUGAAAGAUACGGUCUGCUGGGCAAUGAAAUGGCUUCCUUCUCACCUAGUCAAAGCAGGACGUCACUUUCCGAACAAGCCGGGAUGCCGCCUCUCUCCGGCUUAGGAGCCGACCUUUCCUCCGCAUUCGACCAGCCGCCCGAGGCCGGCAGCGGUGCGGACUUCAUCAUCACUGCUAACCCAGAUGACCAGGUUGACACCGAGGAUGAGGAUGAUGCAGUAGCCCCACAAUCACAGCCAGCCUUUCUACCACCCAAUGCAACCACUUCCCCUCCCAUCCACGUGCACCGGAUCAUCCUGCAGCUGCGGUGGCCCCAUUUCAAGCGGCUGUAUUCCGCCCAGAUGGCCGAAUACCAUUCGAAGAGGAUGCACAUUCCGGAGCCGUAUUCGGUUGUCCGUGCGUUCAUCUACUAUCUGUAUACGGACAGCAUUGCGGGUCAUCCGGAAUACUGUUCCGACAUCAUUGACGUGGCAGGGAUGCUUGUGAUGGCGAACUUGUACGACAUGCCGAAGCUGCGCCUGCUGUGUGUCAACCGGUUGAGCCGCGAGCUGGACGUGGAGAACGCAGCGAUCAUCUGGGAACGCGCAGGACGGACGAACGAAGAAUGGUUGAUGCGUCGUGCCGCCCAGUUCUGUCUGAGCAACUGGGGCCGGGUUGUCCGAACCGACGGCUUCAAGUCCCUCAGCCGGCAGAGUUUGAUCGCACUGUGCGAGGUGGUCGACGCCGAGGGUCGCAUCAUUGCAGGGCCCGAGUUGGAGAUGGUCGGAGCGCUUGGGGAUGGGUUCGGAUCGAGCAAAGAUACCAAGCCUUCUCAAAUGGCACUGAGUGGGAAUGUGGCUGACAACAUGGAAGACGUUGAUGGUGAGGAUAUUGACGACAUGGAGAUUAUUUGA